AUGGCUGCUCCAUCUCCCCCCAUCCUCCCGAUCUCGAAUUCCCAAUCCGCCGUCACCACUACCACCGUUCCUUCCGCCGCCGCGUCUGCCCAAUCCCAGCCUCCGAUCGCCACCCCGGCCUUCCGCUCCUUCAUCAACAAGAUCUCCGACACCGUCCGCAACGGCCUCUCGCAGCGCCGCCCGUGGGCCGAGCUAGCCGAUCGAUCCGCCUUCUCGAAGCCGGAGUCCAUGUCCGAGGCCUCCCUCCGCCUGCGCAAGAACUACGCCUACUUCCGCGUCAAUUACCUGGCCGUGAUCGCCGCGAUCUUGGCCUUCUCCUUGGUCUCGCAUCCGUUCUCGCUCUUGCUGCUGGUGGGCCUCCUGGCUUCCUGGAUCUUCCUCUACCUCUUCCGCCCCGCGGAUCAGCCGCUGGUCAUCUUCGGCCGCUCCUUCACCGACAUGGAGACCCUCGGCAUCCUCGUCCUGUUCAGCGUGGUCGUUGUUUUCCUCACCAGCGUCGGAUCUCUGCUCAUCUCGGCUCUCAUGGUCGGGGCGGUCGUUGUGGGCGCGCACGGCUCGUUUAGGGUUCCGGAGGAUCUGUUCUUGGAUGAGCAGGAGCCUGCCACCACCGGAUUCCUAUCGUUCCUCGGUGGCGCCGCCACCAAUGUCGCCGCCACCACCGCCGCUCGCGUCUGA